GUCUGUGCGUCGGAACCCGAGUCUGAAGGACCUCUCUGUAGGGCAGGCCUACAGAAAAUACGGACUAAGAGUCUGAACGUCUCUAAUCCAUCGGAGGGCCAUAUAUACGGUGGACGUCAAGAUGUCUGAAUACGUGCAGGAUGCCAUGAAUCCCAACAGGCAGGCUGAAGAGAUGGAGUUCGUCAACCAGCUGUUGGUGAGGUUGAAUCAUGACCAUCGUCCUGGACAGCCUGCUGCUUCAGGUGAUUCCUCCUUUGAUACUGCGUACCUCGGCCACUUGCAACUAGCAGGCGAGGCUGUUAGAGGGGUGUACCAGUCUCUCUACGUCGAUAGACAGUUCAUGGAAAAGGCCGGCUGCCUCAUGCGUAAGGCACAGAAGCAUUACAUGGACUCUAAGUCCUGUAGUGUUGCCGAGCAUGUAAAGUGGGUGGAAGAGUUCUGUGGCAGCGAAGAAUGCAAGGACGUGUUGAACAGCACAACCUCUAAGGAGUUAAUGCUGAAGUGCAAGGACAUGGAGCCCAAGGCGGCAGCAGAGGAGAUCUGUGGGAAACUCCAGACCGCCCGUCAGGACUACGUGGGGAGGGUCAUCAAGUUCCAGUUUGGCUAUAGCCUCUUCAACUUCGUGGUCGUGUUCUGUGAGUGUUGGGAGACCUGCAGCCAGCUGAAGCAGUUUGAGAUCCAUUGUAAGGGCUACGACGAGCGUCUGGAUAACAUCAUAGCCCGUCUCAGGGAGGAGGAAACCAACCUGACAGAGAUGACCAUCAGAUUGAACGAGUCGAGGGCCAUCACCACCAUGGAGGUGUACAACAUACUGAUGAACCUUACAGGAAUCCGCCAGGAGUUGGAGAUGCUCAAGCAAGAGUUGGAGCACAACAAAAAGGACAUCAAACGCAGGAGGAACGGGCAUAUGUCUGGUGCAGCUGCAGGCUUUGUGAAUGUGAUCCGUGCUUUUGCGGACUACGGCCUGGCCACCACUGCCGGAGUGGGCACAGGGCUGGUGUUGGCGGCAGGAGCGCUGAACAGUGCCGCCACAGUCGGGCAUGUGGGCACAGCUCUGUGGUGUCAGAAGGACCUGGACAUGAUAGAGGAGCGCCUUGUCAGGGUGAAGGGAUACGAGGAAAGGGCGAAGAACAUAGUUCGGCGGGUGGAAUCUCUGACCCAGAAGCUGAGGAUGAUGCACGCCGCUCCUGCUGCCCAGGCGAACAUCUAUGCACGGGCUAUUCCCUCUCCGGUAGCCUAAUACGUCAAAAUCGUCUCACAGAAACGAUGUUAUA